GGGGCUGCGGGCGGGGUCCGCGCCCGCGGCCGGCAGCGGUCUCUGCGCCUCAGCCGGGCUUCGCCGGGUGCUGGCGGUGCGCUCUCCCGCCGCGGGGCUGCACAAUGGCAGUCGUUCAGUAGGAUGGAUCCUGCCGUGGCUUUUGUUCUGCAGAUCCACCCAUCCUCCUAGCAGUCAAGUACCAGGCUAUGGUUUUCUCUCUGGGGAUCCUUCUUCCGCGUUUUGCCGGUAUCUCCGAUGAGGUUUUGGCCUCGGCUGGGAUUUCACUACCUUACUUUUCGUUUGGCUUCACGCUGAAAAAAGGGAUUCCUUAUAUUUGCUCUCCACGCUUUUGGUUAUAAUCCACUGUUGGUCUAGGGGGAACAACCGUUCAGCCUGGCUGAAAAAAAAGCAUCCGUUGAAAAGUCUCAAAGAAAUAUACCACGUGAGGAAAAAAAACUGGGAGAAGAUCGGAAUAUAAUCGCUUUUUCUAUGAUAAAACUGGUGCCCCUCUUCAGGAGAACUGAUCUCAAUUUAUUAUUAUGCAACCACAAGGAUCUCUUCUUUCUCAGGGUGUAUAAGCUGCUGGAUUGCUUUUCGCCCAAAUCAAUGUGGUUUCUUUGGAACAUUUUCAGCAAAGGAUCGCAUAUGCUGCAGUGUCUUUGUGGCAAGAGUCUUAAGAAAAACAAGAACCCAACUGAUCCCCAGCUCAAGGGUAUAGUGACCAGGUUAUAUUGCAGGCAAGGCUACUACUUGCAAAUGCACCCCGAUGGAAGUCUCGAUGGAACCAAGGAUGACAGCAGUAAUUCUACAUUGUUCAACCUUAUACCAGUGGGACUUCGAGUUGUCGCUAUCCAGGGUGUAAAGACUGGGUUGUAUAUAGCCCUAAAUGGAGAAGGUUUCCUCUACACAUCAGAACUUUUUACACCAGAAUGCAAAUUCAAGGAGUCUGUUUUUGAAAAUUAUUAUGUAAUCUACUCAUCCAUGCUCUACAGACAACAGGAGUCCGGGAGGGCUUGGUUCUUGGGGCUGAACAAAGAAGGGCAGGUCAUGAAAGGAAACAGAGUGAAGAAAACAAAACCAGCAGCUCAUUUUCUACCCAAGCCAUUGGAAGUUGCCAUGUAUCGAGAACCAUCUUUGCAUGAUAUUGGAGAAACAGUGCCAAAGGCUGGGGUAACUCCAAGUAAAAGCACAAGUGCAUCUGCAAUAAUGAAUGGAGGCAAACCAGUGAACAAGAGCAAGACGACAUAGCCAGAUCCUCGCAGGUGUUGUGACUUUACUGAGUCCCAAGUACAGUUGAGUGAUUUAUCCUUGCCAGACUUCCCCUCGGCAGUGUUGUGGAUCAGCUUGUGGCAAGUCACCAGCUUGCCCGUUCCUGUUUCUGAACUGAGUUGUUGCAAGUGGAUAAAUCUCAACAUGUAGCUCCACCACAACGAGAAGACACCUGGAUGAACCAGCUAAACUCAGACCAUGGAAUGCCCUACCAGAUAUUGGAAUGCCUUUUUAAUAUCUUUUCUGUGACUGUGACACUUCAUGUGAAUGACAUACUUCACAAGUACACUUGAUACCUUGCCUGCUGACAAUUGCCCAUAAUCCCUUUUUGAGUCCAGUUUCAGCAAAAUCCAUGUGUUUAAGUUCUAUUUUGUAGCACACAAAUAAUCAAGUAAUUUCUAGUUAGAUGCUGUAAACCUGUGCUAUUAUGGAUUUCUCUUCUUCCCUUUUUUAUAAGGCUGCUCGCUCCACUGUUUGUGACCUUUUGCAGGGAUUGUGUUUCUCUAUAACUUAAGUGUUGCCGGUGGCUUAGUUUUGAAAGCAAUCAGGGAAUCAGGAAGCCUUCAAAAAUCUACUAUUAAAAAUUAUAUCUAUAAAGAAUAGGAUCAUUGUCUCUGGCUUAAAAUAUUGAUUAAAUGUGAAUACUCUUUAGUAACAGAUACUGUGCUUCUGAGGUUGGCAUUAAAAUGGAGGGAAGAGCGUCAAACACAACCAAUGGGGAGUUUUCUGAAACAUGUGUUUGGCAUCCCCCUAUAGUUUCUUUUUGUGUGUGUGUUUUAUACAUAUCACAGGCUUACUGGUAAUGGUAACAUUUGCCUUGCCCAGCGAGCAAGACCCACUAAUUUUUGGAAAAGUGGGUCCAAAGAAUUUUGUAGGCCUUGUAGGCCUGAAUUAAGGCUCAUUUUUCAUCUACUAAAUCUUCAUUGUUUGAAAAACAACCACCACCGAUAAAAGAAUAAAAAAGUAAGACUAAUCAGAAUUGUGCUACCUAAAUCCAUUUCAAAUAUAAUCCUUUCCUGUUUUUAAGGAACUGAACUUAAUGCCAUUGUUAUUUUUGGCCGAAUCCCACACCUACUUAGCAAAGCAUGGGCAAGGGUUGUUGUUGUGUUCUUUUUUGCAGCACCAAUGCAAAGGGUAGUUACAAAUUAUAGUUUAAUAUUUCUGGUGUUUUAAAAAAAAAAAAAAGACGUUUUAAAACUGGACAUAUUACGAAACUUUAUUUUUAUUUUUAACUAAGCAUGCAAAGUCCAGUCCUAUGUAUUUCACUGAUAUCCCAGUAUGUACCUCCACCCAGCUUCCUAGGAUACCAUGCCCACCAAAUUGCUAGAUUGAAGGUGCCUUGCCUUGAUCUCUAUAUACUGUACUUUCUCCUACAUGAACCUAGAAGAAAUCAAAAACAUCUUAAAACUGAAUCCUUGGAUCAUAUUACCAGGAACAACAUCAACCUUUGAGUUUGUCACUUGUGAACAAUUAAGCCAGUGUUGUGGGGGAUGAAGGCAGGUGGGGGAAAGAUUCAGAGAAUGCCACAGAGAUGCCACUGAAGUUUUUGCACACUUAGUCACAGGCUUUCAGAAGAUGAAAUAUAUAGGUGCUCUCUGUGUGCUUAAGAAGGAAUUUGUUUCUUAAAAAUGGCAGCAAAGAUCAAACUGAAUCUCAGUAUGGAAAACUGUGUGGCAACACUCUCUUGGCCUCUUGCUGUUACCUUGAUAUUUAAAGACAAAAAGAGGAAAACAUCCGUUCCUUUUUUAGCACUGUAUUUCUGGCAAUUUGUUUUAUCACAUCUUUGUGCUGAAGUCCUUGACAGAGACUGCUGAUUAUUUCAAACUCCCUGUCUGCUCAGCUGAACAGUCUGAUUCAGUCUGAAUGAACUCUUCAUACUAGUUUUCAAAUGUGUUUUGUUUUUAUAAGCAACAUUUAGUGCACUCUUCAAGGAGGCUACUGUAAAGCUGCUAAAUUCUAGAAAAACUUUUUCUUUUUUCUGUAGGUCAGACUUCUUUUUGUAUGUGUGAUAUGAGAACAGCAAGAUAAUGCUUAAUGUUGGGUCUUUCUAGGGAGGGAAUGAGUUAAGCAUGAGCCCUCUAUCCAUGUAGAGAAAAAAAAACCACAAACCUAAUCUAAAACUGUGAUAAAAAUGCAAAGAAACUUUGACUUAAGACUGUGUCCUUGCCUGCUAGCACUAAAUCUGUGUGAGCAGGGAAAACAACACUUUAUUAAAAACUUCGGUGUGCCAUUCUCAUCCCAUCUGGUCCAGUGGGAUUUGUGCACCAUCCCUGAGAAAACAAAAUCAAACCAAAGCAGCUCAGAUGGGAGCCAGGGCUGGUUCUGCAGUGCAGGACCCAGGAGAGGCAGCAGCCUUGGCUGCACUGCCACCCGGGCCCCAGGCCUUCUGCAGUUGUAAGAGAACAUCACAGUAUUUCAAGUGAGAUAAAACAGCUGAAGGCUACAUUCUCUCUCAGCUGAUUCACCAGGAAGGAAUACAUGAGUUCAUGUCCCAGUCAUCUGUCUUUUUAUUCACCCAGUGUAAGAGCCUGAGGAGAGAGGGCUGGAGACCUGGCUGAGCCAUGCAAGGAGGAUCUGGUUCAUUGCCUGAUCCUAUAUAAACAUUGUUUUCAACAUUAACCUUUUCGUCCUGAGCAACUAUGAUCUGUGAACCAGUUUGGGAGGCUAUAAUUAAGGCCAGAUUUAUUUUAUUUAAGCAGUUAGUACUUAUUGGAAAUACAGCUUUUUUUAUUUUUUCUAAUUAUUGUUUUCUGGUUUUGUUUCUGUGGGCUAAAUUCAUAUGAGCGUUUAAUCCAAUGAAUCAAUGUCCUAAUUUUUUUCCUACAAUCUGUUUAAACAUAACAGAAAUAUCUUUGUGCUUUGUUUCCUCCCUUGAAUUUUGUCUUGUCUCAUCUGUUGCAUGGGAAGAGUACAAGGAUGAACUAACUGCAUGUUGUAGGUUGUGUCUGUCAAAGAACUGUUGGCCACUGUUACAAAUUUACAUACAUAUAUGCAAAGAGUUUGUCUGCAUUGUACAUUUUGUGUUGAUUCUUAUUUAUUGUAUACACAGAUUCAACAUUAUGAAUAAAACAUUUAUAUGAAGGCAUACUGGAAACCAACAAAAAAGUUUAUGUAAGAAAUAGACUGUGCAAAGCAUCAUUGCACUGGCCACAAGAUGGUUAAACUUAUGUAAAUAGGUUGGCAAACUCAGUUCUCCCCCUUUACCAUGCCAAAGAAAAUUUCAGCUCCUUAAUAUAAUACCUCUCUUGCUGUUCUCCAGGAUGAGACUUCCCUCUAAAACUAAUUUUGCUGUUAAGUGAAAGCUGUUUUCAAUUGUCUGUUACUACUAAAGUACUGUAUAGUAAACCUGAUGGAAUCAAUUUGUAUUUACAGAUUGGGGUUUUUGUACUUACAUGUGCAGCUGUCCGUGAAUCUGCAGCGUUCCAGGUCUUUUGCAUGCUUGCAUUGUAUUUUGUUCUUCUGGGUCUUCUCUAAUCUCUGAGAGACUGUUCACACUGAAAUCUAACCUCAUCUUGCCAUUUUAUAUGUUAACACUGCAUAAAGUAGUUUUCUUCUCAUUUUUGAUCUGUAUUUCAGCUACGGUUCUAUUUGGCAAAAUUAGACACACCUGCACAGUUUUAGAGAUCCAGUUUUGAGGAGAUAUGAACUACUUCAAUAAAGCACCAUUUUGCUGUACUUCAAAAAUUUUAUAAAUACACAAGAAUCCUUAUGAGAUUGCUCGCAUGAUAGAGCCUAUUGAAAGAUCUCUAGCUCCUUUUAAGUGCUUUGUAGUUCACAUAACAGAGCUUUUGCUUAAUUUUCUGGUUUUUUAGCCAUUCUCAAUUGAUUUUGUAAUAUACUGUCAUUUUCAUAAAUGUUGGUUCUUAAUAAACUCCUCCAAGACCCUCCCCUUCACUAGAUAUAAAGUAAAGCAAUUCACUUUGCCUAUGCUAUAUACCUGAAACAAUAUAUCUCUAUGGGGAAAAUUUUUGUCUUGGUUUAAAACUAGUUUACACAAUGAGGUAUGAAAGCAGACAGUUUGGACCAUGCAGUAAAAGUGUACCAUGAUGAUCCAUCUGUUUAUUGCUCUAAAGAAUAGAUUAUUCAGCUACAUUUCAAUGGGAAGGUUCUCUUUCUUUUAAAUGUCCCUUUAGAUAAACAUGCACUGCAUUCUAAAAUGUUUAACAGGGUUUUCUUUUCUGUGAUGAUUAAUGCAAACGCUAUAACUUAUUUUUAAAGAUGUAAUAAUUUUUUUGUUCAAUUAAUUAGUCACAGAAAUAUUCAACUUAGCUUUUUUCAUCCCAGUAUGAUUUAGCUACAAAGUGGGAUGUCUUUCUGCAAAGAAACAAGGGCAAUAUAUCAGAAAGGGACAGCAAAUACAUGAGUAAAUGCAUCCAAAGAAUAUAGCCAGUGGGGAAAAAAAUGGAUGACAAGCAGGUUAAUAAAUUAUAGAAGUAAAUCAAUCCACAGGUUUUUUUACAGGUGAUAUUACAGAUAUGUUAAACACAAUAGGUGUAAUUCUGCAAGUUUAUUAUAGAAACACUGGCAAGCUUCUGGACUGUGUUCCUUCUCACAUCAGAAGAAAACAAGGCUAUAAUAUCUUUUUGUUUAUAAGGUUUAUCAAUCUAAUCAGUGAAGUGUCCCCUUUUAUCCAAUUUGGUUUUGCCUUUUGCCACAGGCCUGGAAUCAGGUUUUUAACAGUCACUAGCAAUGAAAAAUCAAGCAGUAAGUUUCACUUCCUUAUGCUUCUUCCUGCAUUUACAGUUUAUCUAUCUGGAAUUCCCACCACAGGGAAGGAGAUAAGGGAAAAAUAUAACUAUUUAUUAAUAUAGCUAUUAUAUUCAAAUAUGUGGAAUAAUAAUCUUAUUCCUUCUGAUUUCAUUUUUCUAGAGAAGAAAUAAGCCACAUAACAGAUAUACUGGGUGUCACAUCACCAGUUACCUCAGCAUGAAGAGCAGGGGAAAUGUUCAAGCAACAUUAUAGGAAACAGAAAAAAAUUUGCAAAAUAAUUAAUGUGUUCAUUACAUUUUUAGUAGUCUUAGUUAAUACUUUAAGGUUUAUAGUUAUAGCACCAUUUUGUUUGAUAAUUGCAUUUAAAGGAUCCAUGGAGAGUAGCUGUCUUAGAUAUUCUGAUUUUUUUUUCAAUAUGUAAGUUAACAAACAACUUGGAUAACACUUUUUGAAAUGCUAUAGGUACAUAACCCAUCCAGUAGUCAAAAAAGUUGGAGCUAAUUGGUUUAAAAAAAAAAAAAAACCAAAGUAGAAAUAAAAAUUACUUUAUACUCUUUAAGUAUAUAAAUUUAAAAUUAAAGGAAAUGACAAAGUAAAAUGCAUCAAAUAUGACACUGGAACCACCUAAAGAGUUGUUCUUUUAUAUAUAAAUGAGUACCUGAAAUACCACAGCUGAUCUACAGUAUAUAUAAAUGUUUUGAUGCCAUGAAAAGCAUCAAAAAAUUUUUUGAUGCCAUGUCAAAAGCAUCUACUGACACCAGAACAGUUUUGACUAUCUAGUAUUUUCUUUAUACAAUACUAAAUACAAACAGAAGGAAAGCAAGGAGAACUUAGUAUCCUUCAUUGUUUACACUCUGAUUCAGCAGAUGAAUGUAUAUGCAAAAAAAACAGUGAUAAUGAGAUGAUUCAGGUCAGCGGUAUUCAUUAUUCAUAAAUAUAAAUAAAAGCAACAAUUUGUCCUCUCUAGACAUCAGGGUUGGCAAAAUGCAUAUAUGCUAAAACUUGAGAAAAUACUCCUGUUGAGCUCCAUGGAGUUUUAGGGUUUUAAGUAUAAAAUAUGAAUUAAAAUUUCAAGAUGAAUUUUACUUUGAGGAUUCUUCAUGCGUUAUGAAUUCAGCUUAGAACUCUGCCUGAUACUUUGGUAAUCUGAUAAUUGGUUUUCUAUAAGAGAGUAGUUAGCAGCUUUGGGAUGUAUGUCUAGUUAUUUAUCUGCAUAGCUUAUGUAUAAGUUGGAUGUUAGGUAAUGGAACUCCCUGAGAACAUGGGCUUCACAAGCUUCAAUUUUAGAAAGAAAGAAUCCAGGUUAAGAGGAAAAAAAGUGGUAGUUAAAGAGUAAGCUAUAUGGAACAGAGGAAUAAUAAAGCAGUUAAAUAAAUACAUUUGAAAUUUUGCAUUCAAUUACAUGUUCUGUACCAUUGUAUUUUCCUAUUUCAAAAUUGUCCUUUCUAAAAGAAAAGUAAUUUCUAGACUAAUAAUGGAAAAACAUUUUUUUUUUUUUGUUAAUACACAUUUCCAUUAUUUCUGAGUCAUGUACCUUUUCAAAAAUCAGGACCUCGGCACCUAAACCACAAUGUUAAAGUUUGGUAUCUAAAAGAAGUAUUUCUGAGCCAUUUAAUCAAUUUCUUGCUCAAUCACGGUUUCACAAAAUGUAAACACUUUUGAAACUAAAAUGUAUAUUUCUUUUUUUUUUUUUUUUUUUGCUCUAAAGAAUUCAAGGGCUGCCAAAUCUACAUGUACAAAAAAAAAAAAAAAAAAAAAAAAGAGACUCAUGUAAAUAAGUUAGGGAAGUCCCAAUAGUUGUGCAUCGUUCAUAACUCAAUGUGAAUUUCACACUGAGCAGCAUUUCACCAUUGGAAAAUAAAAAUAAAAUUUUUGUUCAUACCA